UUUUCUUUGGUUCAUUCGUGUAAACGCAAGUGCGGUAAAAAUCGCUACGUAAAUGUUAUGGCAAUGCAUGAAAAUUUGUAAUAACAAAUGAAAAUAAUAAAUAUUUUGUUUAAAUUCUAUCAAAGAAUUUACUACACUUAAUCAUAACCAAGAAACAGACAACAGAAAACGUUGAAGAAAGCAAUAGCUGAGGGUGAGAGAGCAAGAAGAGAUCAGCCGCGCGUUCUCUCUCUUUUCGUACUGCAUAAUUUUUUUCAACCAGUUUGUUAUUAUUCUCUCUCUUUGAGCUGAGCGCGCGCGACUUUCUCAAAAUUGUAAUUGUAAAGUUAAAAAAAAAACUUGGUUAAAGUAAAGGAAAAACCAUGACAACAACGAAGCGCGUGUGAAGUGAGUGGCUGAUAAAUGCAAUUCUAAAACAAUUUUAGCAACAAAAAUCUGAAAAUAGAAAUAACCUCUGGAUAUGGAUGCCCAAUUUGAGAAUUUGUGCCGCAUUUGUGCGGCUAACACAAAAAAAAAGGAUGAUUCGGUUGUCGAGAGCGUUUUUAUUUUCAAAACAGUCGGCCUAAAGGAUAAAAUAUCGCGGCAUUUAUAUUUAAAUGUUGCCGAGGAUGACCUACUACCAAAAGUGCUUUGUAAAUCCUGUUAUCGACAAGUGGAGGCUACUGCAUCGCUCUCUAACAUAGCAAAGCACACGCAGUUAGCUUUUCGCGACUUUCUACUUAGCACAGUGCCGAAAAAUGUCCGCGAAUCUGGAUCAUCACAAGUUAAUGCAGAGGAAAGCCAGGAUGAUAGUACCACCAAUAGCGAAAAUCGUCGUAGUAACGCAGAAUAUGACGAAUAUCGUUCGAUUUCGCUAUCCCGUGGUUUAGAGGCUGGUGUUAAUUUGACUGCCACACAGAAGCAUGACAAUGUUCUCAGUCAUAAGGAGCAGCAUUCGGUAACUGCACACCAAGUGGGUCAAGGCUCAAGUUCGAAAUCUGACAAUGUGAGGAUCCCGGCACGUCGCGGUAGCGUUUUUGUGGACUCACGCUAUGGAUCAACUCCAAUGUCAAUAGCGCAAAGAUCGAUGCAACAACAUCCAUCAUCUUUGGCGCAACUCCACCCGGAGGUCACCCUUUCAAAAGCACCUAAAUCUAGCCCAGAAAAGAAACAUUCACCAGCGGGUGUUAUUAACUUUAUACAAACCCAUGGCCGCAUCACAGGCAGUGCGGCGCCCUGUAUCAGUAGCGGAAAUCAGGCUGAAGCUAUGCAGACUUUACGACAUGAAAGAAAUCUCCCAUCUACUAGUGGCAAUCUAUCGAAUCUCUCUAAUAAUGUUUUGCAACAGAAACGACGAAAUCUCAAGAAUGCCCUGAACAACAUUAAGGCAAAACACAGUGGACAUGGCCAGGUGUCGCUUUUAAAGUCUUCACAACCGAAUUCCAAUAUUCAACCUUUGGUUACAACAACGGUCGUUCCACACCAAUCUUUGUAUGGUUGUGAGCCUUCUGUAGAGGAAGCCCUGCCGGAACACAUUAUCAUAGCGGCCCCAAAAAAAAAGAAAGAAGAAACCGAAAAAUCCCAAGUUCAUCGUGCACCACAAAAGCCUCAAAUCGAAAAAACUCCAACAAAACCGUCACAAUCAUCAGCACCCAUUUCCGUAACGGUUGACCUAAGUCCUCCAACGACCAAAACGUCACCCAAUGUGCAUAGCCUCACAGAUGCAAUUUCUUUGGGAAAUGUGAUUCGGGAUCCUGAUCUAUUGAAGCUUAUACUGAAAGCGCUUAAAUGGCCAGUUUCGUCCGGCAAUUGCGAGGAGCAAAUGACACGGCUAAAGAGUUCAAAGUUUGCUGUCAUUAUGUCUGAUCGAAACCUUUUGCAGGACACCGAUUUGACUCAGCUGCUUGGACCAUAUUUGGGACCAAUGUUGGCAGUGGCUCAGCAACAACAGCAGCAAAAGCAAUCAAGUGCGGUUGCUGUCGCUACUGCAAGUCCGUCUAAAACAAUAGCAAAAGAUACCAUCAGUGUAUCAGAUCUAUCUUGUACAAUGCCAUAUAAACUGCCACCGGAGACUUCGCUGCAAUUAGUCCCGUCGAGCCCCACAGAGCAAGAGCUGCCACAACAACAGCCAUUGCUUACAAAACCAACAACCAAACGGACCCAACGAAAGCCGCGUAGUCGCGAACACAUCGCUCGGAAUAGCGAAGAGUAUGGAUCCAAUAUAUCAAAUGCGACGCGUGUAGCGAAUGAACUACAAAACAUCAAUGCCAUGCUUUUAUCUCAAUUUGGAUCUAAUCCGGCCGAUGUUUUAAAUGAGGCACUCGUGUCCAUGCUUAAGCAGCAACAACAAGAAACAACAAAAAUUCAAGGUAAUACUUCCCGCCGUCGUAGUGCUUCUACGGCAAGCACUGGACCAAUUAACUUGGAAGAUAUUGUCCUGGUUGAGCCACAGCCGGCGCUUGACGUCCUUGAAUCCAUAACUGUUCAAGGUAUGCAGCCUUCGGACAAUGUGUUGGUGGAACAGGAGCCCCUAACUGUACCAUCCCGUCCCAUCAUUAAGCGUCGAAAAACGGUAAUACAAACAUCAAAACAGGUAAAAACAAAUGCAUUGCAAAAAGAUUGCCUACCAACGACGGGUCAAAUCCAGACUCGGAAUGAACCUUUAAUAGGUGAAAGUCUAAGGUCCAUUGAAGCGCCAGAUAUGGCAGAAGAAUAUAGUCAAACUCUCCAUUCUCAAGUUGAGGAACAAGGGGUGGAUAUAUCACAAGCACCAACAAGCACCGUAUUAGAGGGCUCGAGUUCUCAAUCGGAACAAGAAAGAGAUGGUACAGAUGGCGAGACACUGGCAACAAGUGGAAAUGGUGAAACCAAAGCCAGUCGUAAGUCUGAUGUAAAGGCUGCAUUGGGGCAAAAACUACUGGAAGCCAUAGGCCUCCCACAACAAGGAAAGGAUGUGCCACCUGAAACUUCAAGAGACACCUUGCGAAGCGCAUUAAAACGUUCGCUUAAGCAAGCCCAGGAACAACAACAACAGCUGAAGCGCGUAAAGCAAGAAGAGCCAGUAAAACAAAUGGCCGAUUCAACAACCAAACCAAGUCUUGUCGAGUCUGCAGCCGAGGAACAUAAAAAAGCCAUAGCCGAGCGUGAGCUGGCGCUUUUGAAACGCAAGUCGAAAGUACCAGAGCCAAAUAAAAUAUCUGUAAAAGACGAAAAAACCGAGCGUGCAGAUGUCAGUUCUUCGUCUUCGCGUAAUCGUCGAAACCGCAAAACUAAAGGCGAUACCAACGAGGAAGACUCAGGUGCUGAGGAUAAAAAAUCAAGUGAUCGUUGGGAUGAGGACGAUGACUUGCCAUUAAAAGCAGAUGGAGAGAAGUUAAAUCGACCAACUAGGACAAGCAAAACCAUGUCAAAGUAUUAUAAGGGGCCUGCAAUGACGACCCGGUCAACUAGGCAGCGCUGAGAAUGACACAGAACUGAAUUUGCGUUCAUACUUUUCUGUCAUAUCAAAUCUAUAAGAAAAAAUUUCCAAUUAGUUUAUUAGUUAAAAGAAAAACCACAAAAAAAAAAGUAAAAUGGAUGUACUUAGAGGCACUAUUGAGCACUUUAAAGUAUCAACUUCAAUGGAUUCGGUUUGUUCAUAAAUAGUGAAACUAUUCUUAUGAGCAGUAGAAUUCAAUAUUAAUUUUGGUUAUUGCUAUGAUAAGUGCUGUAUUGUUUGACAAAAUUUGUAAAUGUUAACUUGAAAAAUUAAUUUUCAUAAGUUUAGAAUUAUUUUGAAAUAUGAGACAUUGUUACAUACGUUGAUUAUAAGACAAUCUAAUAAUCCACAUAUUGAACGCAUUUGUAUAAUGAAACCAUUUUAAAAAUAUGCAACAAAUUUAUUUUUAUAGCAAUAUACUUGAAACCAUAUGCUUAAGAACAAUUCGUUGCAUGUAAUAUAAUAAUAUAUUUCCUUA